UUUUGGCAUGAAACAAGAUUUAUGCCGGCCCUCAUUUUUCUUGUGAUAGUCCUUCGCCAUCACCUGGACCUGAUUGAAAACAAGCAAGACAAGCAAUACCAUUGCCAUCAACACGAGACAAAACCCAUCAUCCUAGCUAGAGCCCAGACUUGAACCAUAUCUAAUUCUAAAGAAAGAGAUUCAGAUAAUACAUCAUUGAACAAAUUAAGAAUGAAACGCACACCCCUUGUAGGUACUCUGUUGCUUCUUGCCAGUCGAGGAUGCGAAGCAGCCUUUGGUUUGACAUACUAUGAUACAGCAGAGUAUGAGUACGAUGCGAAAGCAGAAGAGAACAGAAUGAGAGGAGACGGGGGAGGCCUUCGACGAAGAACCAAAACCGAUAACAAUGACAGCAGCAGAAAACAACGCAAAAGCAGCAAAGAGCAACGGAAAUUGAAUGCUGGCGAUUUGGGGGUUCGGUUUCAAAAGUUUGUCUUUACCAAUGGCGUCAUGGCCGAUUUCAUGCCUCUACAGCCGGCGGAUUACCCCAUUCGGGACAACAUUGCCGUGGCGCUCAAGAAUACUACCAACGCCGAAUCGGUACUGUGCGACGGGGAUCACGCGCUCAACUUGACCCAUCAACAAAAUGUCAUGCUCUACCUCGACGAUAUUGGAGGAUUCCCUGAUAUGCCCAAUGAGAAUCAACAGAAUGGAUUUUGGGAUGAAAUGCGCGAAGUUUCCAUGCUCCAGUUGGGACGACGAUUUGAUAUGAACCCAUUCACCGUGCUGCGACCACCCGAUCUGUGGGUCGGUCGAGACAUUCAUGCCGUGGCCGCAGCGGUGCACAACGAAUACCCCGGCUUGCUGCAGACCGAACUGAUUCAGUGGCUGUGGUCUCAAGGAGCCCAACUUGAUUAUGACAUUAUGCCCUUUCGAUCGCAAUCCGACUUUGUGGGCAGCGUUGUGGCGCUGGCAGACCUCAACACUUGGUCCAUUGGGCUCGUGGCACCCUUUAACUUUUACCUCAAGUGGUACGUCGGUCGACCCCGUCCCGAAGAAGUGGCCUAUCUGAUCUUUAAUCGCGAAUUGACGGCAAUGGAAGAUGGUGUCCCCAACGACAUUGUCGAAAUUUUGGAUAGCAUGGGCCUCAAUACGGCCGCAACCUUUACGGCGUACCCCGAAGGGUCUCCGCGACAUCCAUCCUGGCCCGCCAUGCAUUCCGCUGCUAGUUCGGCAUCCUUUUGGCUUGCGGUCGUCAUGGACCUGACGCCCGAACAAUACUGUGAAGCCUUGCGAGUCGACUAUGCCGUGGCAUUUGCUCGGACGUGUGCCGGUGUACACUACCGCACCGACAAUACGGCGGGACUCAAUCUCGGACAGGCAUUGAUUGCCGAACAACUCCCCGAACACUUGGCAAGAACGUAUGGUAGUGAUCCUGACAAGGUUCGAGAAAAGAUUGAUCGAUUGCGAUUUGAUUGGAACGACUUCAACUCAUACGACUGCACCGUGGCCACGGUCAAUCUGUGAGUUGAUACAUGAUUGCGUGAAGCGAAGCGAGCGAGCUACUUCCAGGUUCAUUCCUUAGAACAUUUAAUGGGAAACACGAAGGAACGAACAAUCGGAGGAAUAUGGCAAAUACUUGCUAUGGAUAAGGGUGAACAGGGCCUUGGCAAGUAGCGUGGUGAACAGCUAGGAAGAAACGUAUCGUCCUUGGCGAAAGUCGCAGAGGCUGUGGCGGUCGGGCGAUUGGAAGCAGCCUCCUUUGUCGUGUGUAUAGAACUAACUGUAA